AUGUGUGGCGGUUUCUUACGUAUAGACAAUUGGGACAUAUCUGGAAAUGACAUAUUACCGUUUCCUGGGCAACAAUCUGAUUAUGCUAGCUGUUGCUCACAAUGUCAAGCAACGUAUAGAUGUGCUGCUUUUACGUAUUCGCCAUCAAGCCAACAAUGUUUGUUGAAAACAAGUAUGGGUAGUGGUGGAAACGCAACUACCGAUAGCAUCACUGGUUACUCUAUCUAUCCAUUACGUGGGAGCUCCACUGACAUUCUUCCAAAUGCUCUAUGGCAACAGAAUGGUAUCACUGUGGCUGGAGGAAAUGGAGAAGGCAAUGGAACCAACCAACUCAACGGUCCAGUGGCUUUAUAUGUUGAUGAUAAUCAAGCAAUUUAUGUCGCUGAUGUCUUGAAUGACCGUAUAAUGGAAUGGAAAUUGGGUGCAACGAAUGGACAAGUGGUCGCUGGUGGAAAUGGACGUGGAAAUGGAGCUAAUCAGUUAAACUCCCCAUCAGAUGUGAUUAUUGACAAAGAGACAGAUAGUCUCAUAAUUUGCGAUGGUAAUGGAAGAGUAGUUCGAUGGCCUCGUCGAAAUGGUACUAGUGGAGAAACAAUCAUCUCCAACAUCUCAUGUGUGGGUUUGACAAUAGACGAGAAGGGAUUUCUCUAUGUCGUUGAUCGUAUAAGAAAUGAAGUGAGACGAUAUCGAAGAGGAGAAUCUCAAGGAACAGUGAUUGCAGGGGGCAAUGGACAAGGAAAUCGUCUCAAUCAACUCUCUUCUCCACAAUACGUAUUUGUCGAUCGAGACCAUUCAGUGUAUGUGUCUGAUUAUUACAAUCACCGUGUGAUGAAAUGGGAAGAAGGUGCAAAGGAAGGCAUUGAUGUAACCAGUGGUCAAGGAAAUAGUCCUACACAAUUGUCAUAUCCUAAUGGAGUCGUUGUUGAUCAAUUAGGCACUGUCUAUGUAGCUGAUUAUUAUAAUGAUCGAAUCCUGUGUUGGUCGAAAGGAGUCACACAGAGAACUGUCAUUGUUGGUGGGAACCAUUAUGGAACAUCGUCGAAUCAACUCGCUCGUCCCGUCGGUUUAUCAUUUGAUCGACACGGCAAUCUCUAUGUCGUCGAUUACGGAAAUAAUCGAGUACAAGAAUUUAAAAUCGCAUAA